CGCUAUACCGACACACCCGUGACUUCCUUAAGAGAGACGCUGAAUCAGAAGUGUUUCCGCGAACGACUGAAAGACAGAUUUCUUAUAGUAGUUAGUGAAUUUAAUUUAUAUUUGAACCUUUGAUUUAAUCUCAGGUUUUAAAAGCAAAUUUCAAGGGAGUACCCGAAUCUAUUUCAGACUUAGUCGUUUAAACAAACUAAGAGUCAGAUCAGCAGAACUCGAGAACACGGAAAUGUCUGCUGUAACUGCGUCACCGUACUGGACUUUGCUGUUUGUCGUGUUUGUUUCUGCAGACCAGAAAAUCAUCCUAGCUGUGCCUGGACAGGACGUCACUCUGACAUGUCGAGCUCCAAAAAACAACGUCAUAGUUGUAGAGUGGAGCAGAGCUGACCUGGAAGAUGAAUAUGUGCUUUUGUACCGUGAUGGUCGCUUUGUUCCAGAUGACCAGCAUCCAUCUUUUAAGAACCGGGUGGAUCUGCAGGACAGACAGAUGAAGGAUGGAGACGUGUCUCUGAUUCUGAAGGAUGUGACGAUUAAUGACACUGGAACAUACGUUUGUGGUGUCUUUGUGGAAGGAGAACAUUCAUGGGAGAUCAUUAUCACCUAUCUUCGUGUUGUUCCUCCAGGUCAGACAGGAGGACAAGAGAAGGAUGAAGACAACAAAGAUGGAGGAAAGGAAGACAAAGAGAAGGAGGAUGGGUCUGUUGGACUGAUAGUUGGUCUGUCAGUUUCUGCUGAGCUUCUUAUUCUUGUUGCUGUUGUUGGUUUUUGGAUCUACAAAAGAAAACAUGAUUCUAAACCUCAUAAUGAUCCAGAGACUAGACAGCCUCUUUGCACUCCAGAGCUGAACUGUGACUCAGAUGAUCUGAAGAUGAAUUAGAACUCUUCUGAACAUCCAGCAGAUGUCAAACAACUCUGAUGAUCAUCAUGUUCAGACUCAGACCAACAGUGUGUGUCUGUGCUGUCUGUCAGUGACUCUGAACUACAGUUUAUUCAUCUUCAGGCUGUUCAUGAGAUUUACUGACACAAAGUCAAACUGUGUUACAAACACACAUGAAUUUCUGAGCUCUGAUCUCAGAGUCAGUGAGUGUUUUUGUGUUGGAGCUUCAGCUGUUUGUAAGAACUUGUUCUGUGAGAGAUGAACAACACAGACCUGAGAUCAGCUGUUACACACACUGAAUGAAGUGACAACACAAACGCUGUGUGAUGAUCUGAGUGUAGAUGAAGGUCUGUGGAUUAUAGACGAUCAAUAAUCUGCCUGAUUGUGUUCAGGAUCAUUGAUCAGUUACAAAUGAACGACUCAUUCUGGGAUAUAGAGAGGAUGUAUAAACUACCUUUACCUUAAGUUAAAUGCACUUAAGUUAACUUAACCUAGUUCUAAAUUAAAAACAAAAAAUAAUGAAUACAAUUGUAAGAACAUCUAUUAGAAUAUGGCUUCAGUUCAGAAGGCACUUCUGUCUGCAACUGGUUAAUAAUUUUUCUCUGCUGUUGCUGUUGCAAAAAAGGGUUAGAAGCUGUUGCUUCUAACCCUUUUUUGCCAUCUAUUUCAGAUAAAGCAUUCCAAAUGGUUUGAAAGUUUUUCCUAAAAAAAAAUAAAUUUUUUCACAAUUUAUUUUCAGGAGAAACUUUUUAACACCUUUUACGCUUUGAUGAGAGAUUACAAUAUACCAACCUCACAUAUGCUUAGAUAUCUGCAAAUACGAAGUUUUGCAAAAACAUCGAUUCCUUCAUUCCCCUACCUACCUCCUAAAAUCAAGUGGAUACUAUUUUGGAAAUAGAUCCUUUUGGCAAGUGGCGAAUUUCCAUCAUAUACAAAGUGAUACAGAACUUAAGGCCUAUUACUUGGGGAAAAAAAUGAAAAUAAUUGGGAAAAAGACAUUGGGGUAGAUACAUGAAUUUCUGAGCUCUGAUCUCAGAGUCAGUGUUUUUGUGUUGGAGCUUCAGGCUCAGCUGAUCCUUUUGCCGAAAUCAGCUUUUUAAAUAGACAGUGGCCAAACUGAAAACACAAUCAGGAUCCAUCGAUCAUCUGCUGUUGAAAGACAUCUGUUUUAAGUGAAAUCCAUGUAAAUUAACUUUAAAUUAAGCAAAGCUUGUUUGUGUUGGUCUAAAUAUAAACUUCAUGUGACCUUUCCUCUUUAAGUGGAGCCCAAAAUAACAAGUUUGCAUAGCAUGCCUUUCUUUUGCUGAUGUUAGUUAAUCUUAUGUAUUAAUUUUUUAUUAUUGAUGCGAAAGGUGUAUGUAAGUAAAAAUUCAUGCACACUACUGGUCAGAAGUUUUAGAACACCCCAAUAUACAGCAGUACAAAUAACCGGUUUGAGUUAAAAAAGAAAUAAUGGAAUCAGUUUAUGGAACAAAGUGUAUUCUAAAGUUUUGGUUCAUCAAAGUAGCCUCCUUUGGCUGAUAGAUCAAGCUGAACACACAAAUUUCAUUCUUUCUACAAUAGAAAUCAAAUAUUCUUCUGAAAGUUUUUCCCAUAUCUGUUGCAGAAGCUCCCAUAAAUGUGGCACUUGUAGGUUGCUUUUCUUUCACUCCUCUGUCCAGUUCAUCCCAGACCAGCUCGAUCAGUCAAUAAUACUUUCUUCCAGUCAUCAGUAGCCCAGUGGUUGUGUUUCAUGGUCCCGGCAAGCCAUUCUGUCUUAUUAUGACAUCUUACCAAUGGUUUUCUUCCUGCAACUUAUCCUGUCAAUUCUGCAGCUCAAAGUCUUCUCUUCACAGUUGAAACUGACGUUCCUGACUACGACCACAAUUUUCUGUAGGAAACACCCACAAGUGUUAUGAUGGUCUGUCUCUCUUCCAUUGUUAAUUGCCUUUUUCUCACCAUUUUUAUAGCAACACAUAACUUUCUGCAGUACAAUACUGUUCAACUGAUGCUCAUGAGGAUGUGGUACCACAGUGUGCUCCAGCACUGGUUUUAUGCAGACAGAGGGGGCUGUAAGUAUUCUAGAAAAGUUUGAGCACCUGUAGGCAUUAGUAACACCAGCUUUGGUCAACCUCCAUUGCUGCAGAACAGUUUUAAAUUGUUAACACAUUUUGUGUUCCCUGAAAAAACAUCUUUUUGUACAUCUGAAAUGUACAUUAUUUUUCAGUUUUGGGUAACCUUACCUUUCUUAACCUCUGGCAGUUCAACAUUUACCUUUGUACAAUUUCCAGUUAUUCAUUGGACUUGAGCAAUUUGAAUUACAAUAAAUAACCUGAAAAAAAUGGGUCAUUCUAAAACUUUUGACCGGUGGUGUAGUUGAUGUGUAGAUAUUUCUCUCUGAUCCUGAACUGUGAAGUUUGGCACUUUUCUUAAUUUAACUCAUGCUGCAGGGAGUAAAUACUGUAAAAUUCCUCACCUACACUCUGUGUCAUCUUCAACUUCACCUUGUUAAUAAAUAUUUACAAACAGUUAA